AGCGUACUUAAAUAGUCACGAAGAAGAAGGAGCGCUUGUUUAUUUCUCACCACACACCGGUUUCGAUGUAAUGUUCAUGUUCGUGACAAACUUCACAAAAUGGAGAAGACCUUUAGCGAGUGGAAGAAACGGUGUCUGAACAAAGCCGAUCUUAGUAAAAAAGCCAAUGUGGAUGAAGAUAUCGUGGAUUUAGUGUCUAUGCUCAAUAGCUGUGAGGAGUAUUUCACAACCAGCUCGUGCUCCGGAAGAAUUACAGUCAUGGAGACGGUGAGCGAUGAAGCUUCCGAAAGCUGUGUUGUGCAGAAGAAAAAUCUGACCUGGCUGUUUGUCUCGCAUCAGAAAUGCAAAUUUGAUGACGUGAUGACUGCUCUGGCCAACUCUUGCGGGAAUGCCGUGCUUAAAUUUGAACCCUUUGUGCUCCAUGUUCAGUGCAGGACACUAGAGAACGCACAGUUAUUGCUAUCAGGAGCUGUCCAAUCCGGCUUCAGGAACUCUGGUAUCACGUUGGGCAAGACUGGAAAGAUCAUGAUGGCAGUCCGCUGUACCCACGGUCUGGAAGUUCCGUUGAGUAAACAAGGCAGUCUUUUGGUUUCACAAGAGUACAUCCAAUUUUUAAUUGAAAUAGCUAAUCAAAAGUUGGAGGAAAAUCAAAGACGAAUUGAAAGAUUUCACCAGCGUAUCCAGACAACUGUGAUGACAAACAAACAUCAGAAACCACCGGACAAAGAAGAGAAGCUUGUGACCAAGGACAAUAUAUCAAUUAAACAAAGUCGUCAAACUGAUGAUUGCCAUAGCGACGAAAGUAUCAUAGAGAGUGAUGAAGAUCUGCAUUUAGUUAAAUGGUUCAACGGUGCUCUUUAAAGUGCAUGUGACACGAAAAAGCAUGUUUAUUUCAUAAUACACGCGGUAUUUUAUGCUCCUGAAUGAUAUGGACCGCUUGGAUGUGUGUGGAAGCGAUCGCUAUAUUUAUUUAGUUUUUUGAGUCCCGUGCCAUGAAAAUGAGUGACUUCCGGCUUCGGUCUUGCAUUGAGGAGGAGGGCGCUGUGACGUGUACGGAUGAAGGCGUCCUCUUCACUAUACGGCCGUACCGUUGUGUAUGAGGUCUAAGGAUUCAGCUGAUUUUGCGGAUUAAUACGUUUAUUUUUCGCAUCACGACAGCCAAACGGCUGCAGAAAAAUCUUGCUUUAUGAGGGAGAGGCGUGUGCGCCUUUUUGGAGUUUCAAAAGGUUCCCAUUCACCGUGGAUAUUAGCCAAAACAAGCCCUACUACUGUGGGACCAUUGGACUUAUGAGGAAGUGAGUAAACAUCUUGUUUUGUAUUAUGUCAAAUACGAAUACAGCGAUUACAAAAUAAACACUACAAACUUUCUUUAAACAAAGGACUACUUACGUUUGAUUAUUGAAAGGCAUGUAAAAAGCUCUCCUCAUGCACAUUAGCAGCCACCCUCCUCCGGGGAACGAACUGUAAACUGCACUCCGCCGGGCGGUUUGCAGAUCCGCGAAGACAAUCGACAACCCAGUCGUCACGUCAAUAAAUCCAGGCUAGUUAUGAGUGAUUUUCCGCUUCGAAGACUUUGAAACAUCACUCGGUUCAGGUUAGCGUGUCGGCUAGCUGUCACGCCUUUUGGUUUGUUUAAAUUCUCCGAAGCCGGGGAAGGGAAAUGACAUAUGUCCGAUUUACGUGUCAUAAAAUAUCGUUCGGGAGGUGCGACAGUAAAGAUGAAGACAGUUUUGACCAUUAUGGAGUCAUUUUGCCAUGUCGUCCUGAAUAAGUGCAUUUUUAUUAUUUCAUAUUCCAUUUAGCACAAGACUUAUUUGUCAUGAACAUGCCGUUUAUUUAGCAAUUGGGGAAAAUACUUGGAUAAAAAUCCUGUAAAUAUAUUGAAGAGACAGAAACAAUGACAUUUUGCGGCUCUCGUCGCGUUUUCCUCGUUGUGAAUAGUUCCCCCUCGAUGGGCAGACUGGUCCUUCUCAAGCCAUUUAUUUAGCUAUUGGGGAAAAAUACUUGGAUAAAAAGAAUAUCCUGUAAAAAUAUUGGAGUAGAGAGAUGAAACAAUAAAAAUGCACAUAAAUGCAUGCAAAUGUAACUCAUUUUGGCAUGUUGAAAUACUAUUUGAUCCUGGCCGGCAAAUUUCAAUAGUUUUUUCUUAUUACAAUAAUACAUUUUAUUUGAAGGCGCCUUUCUGACACUCAAGGUCGCUGUACAAUAGUUUAAAAAAACAAUUAGACAAAUUAAAGACUAAAAACAGUAUCUAAUGUAUAAAAAUAAUUAGCAGAACAGUAAAACACAAAGACAUCAGGUAUUAUGAUGGAUAUGCUAGUCUCAACAGGUGAGUUUUGAGUUUGGAUUGAAAAAUGGGGUGUUAGUCUGUGUUCCUGUGUUCCUUAUGUCAGGGGCAGGGGCGUGAUCUGUUGGUCCAGCUUUUCAGUGCAUCAACAAAUUUCCAACAAUUUCAAAUGACGUUAAAUUUUUAUAAACAACAUGCAAUUAUUGGGAUCUGUUCUGUAAAUGAAUUCAUGCAUACUAUUUUAUUUUAUACUGUAAUGUCCGUAACUAUGUGGAAUAUUCUGAUAUGUUUUCCGAGGCACCCUGAAGUGCACGCAACGUUACUGUUGUUUUGGUCACGUGAUGCGGGAGUGAGAGAGAGGCACAGCCUGCCGAGAGCCCCAAGCUGUGUAAAAAAAAAAAAAAAAAAAAGUCAGCACGUCGUGUGUUCGAUACCUUUGUCAACAAAAAGCUCAAAACAAGACACUAUGCACGGUCUGUUUAAGAGACGCUGGGACCGGAGAGCUGUGAGUAGUAGGAAGCAAAGGGGGAGACGGGCGAGAAGUAAAAGUUUGCGGUCGAAUGUGGCGGCAGUCCGCUGUUAUCGUUUUCUUAUUGUUGCCACAAUAAAAAUGAGAAAGCCAACGACUCCUUCUUUCCCCCCAACGUUUUUAUAUUAUUAUUUUCUUCUAUGCACAAGAGGUGCCGGAUCUGCCCAAAUAAGUCCCGGAACACAGGGUGGCCAAAAUCAAUAGGUGCCGGAUCUUGUUCCGGCAAGAUCCGGCUCAAAAUAACCCCUGCGAGCUAAAAAUUUGAUUUGGGUGACAAAAACUAAGAUAAAUGCCAGUUUUCAUUUGAGGAGACAAAAACCAGGCGAAAACGCACAAUAGUUUCCGUCACAUUUUCACAAUGUGUGACAUUUUAUGUGUAGUUAUGCUCAGUGUUGUCAGUAAUGCAUUAGUAACGCGUUACUGUAAUCUGAUUACUUUUUUCAGUAACGAGUAAUCCAACGCGUUCAUUUUUCUACUCCAGUAAUCUGAUUAAAGUUAGUUUCCUUAGUGUCUCUCUGCGUUACUAUUUUUUCAUUGCCUCAUAACGUAUGUAAAUGAAGAUUAUUGUUGUCAUGUACAAAGAGCAUUUUAAAUAGAAAAUGCUAAAUAAAAAGGUUCCCUGUACGUGUUUCCGUGACAACCUCUUAGCUAUUUCCGGUUUUGGUCUCGUGUCACAUGUGUUGUGGGACUGAAGGCGCAGGCCAGGCGGGUGGACAUUGGCGCCGAGUGUUGACACGUUGUGAGGGGAUAUUGAUCCGUGGAUAUCCACGAAUGAAGGUGAGUAUUUUUCCUUCAUUCUGGAGGGUAUCAGCAAAAGGCUGGACUUCCUACAUGCGAGGCCGUUUCGUAGCAACGACGGGCAGUCAUCGCUCCAAGUUGGAAAGCUUUGUUUAAAAUAUGCGUGUUGCACAUUUAUGCUGUGAGGUGAUGUGUUCGUGUAGCCUCUGGGGGAUGUGUUGUAAGUCCAAUUGAGUGUGAAGUGCUUAGUUGCCGCCACGUUUUGUGGCCAAAUUGACCGCCUGUGUGUUGAGAGGAGUACUUCCGGGUUGUGGACGCGCAUCCGCGCCCGCCACCACCUUUGCAAUUUUGUGUAGUCAGUUUGCAUUGUUUUACACUGGCACUGAUAUGCUGUUAACCAUAAUACGAAAUUCAGAAGUUUUGACAUUAAUUAGUUAGUAAAUCUUAGCGGGGUUUAAAUGGUCGGUGGAGUUGAUUUCAACAAAUUCCAAGCAAUUUGUCAGAUAUUUGUUAGUUUCAGGGCUCCGGAGUGGCUAAGCUAGUGCGAAAUACUGAUGUUCCCCUUUAAAGUCAAUUACAUGUGAUGACAUUUUUCUGUUGUCAUUCCUAUGUUGAGGCGGUGAAGGGAGAAAAAUGGGUAAAAAGUAACUGAUUACUUUUAAAGUAACUUACUUACUUUGAUAAUGAAGUAAUCAGUAAAGUAACCAGAUUAUUUUUUGGAGGCGUAAUCAGUAAUUAAAUUACUUUUUCAAGUAAUCUGUGACAACACUGGUUAUGCUGCAUUUUAGCAAUGUCUGGUUGUGUCACUCGUGACGUUUUGCGCCCCGCCGACUCACCAGUGCGUCUUCUCCAGUCUUCAUGCAGGCUUGCACACAGGUAAGAUUUGUUUUCUUAUCAUGGCUAGAGAGAAUAUGCAGUGUUGCUUUAGCCUUUAAGGUCUGUGCUGAGCGAUUAUCACACACUAACUAGUAAGUAACUUGUAGCGUUAGGAUUAGGCUAACGGCAAGCGUCUUCUUAAACUCAAUUUUUUUUUUUUUUUUGGACAUACAGUUCGUGGCGUCCAGCUGGGUAUAAAAACUUGGGCUGUCAAAAUUAUCGUGUUAACGGGCGGUAAUUAAUUUUUAAAUUAAUCACAAAAUAUUUGACGCAAUUAACGCACAUGCCCCGCUCAGAUUAAAAUGACAGCAGUGUAAUGUCCGCUUGUUGCUUAUUAUUUGGCGCCCUCUGCUGGCGCUUGGGUCCAAAUAAUUUUAUGGAUUUGGGGAGUGAGCAUGGUGUAAUGACAGCAACAAUGGCGAGCUACUAGUUUAUUAUUUUGAUUGAAAAUUUUACUAAUUUUAAUAAAACGAAAACAUUAAGAGGGGUUUUAAAAUAUAAAAUUUCUAUAACUUGUACUAACAUUUAUCUUUUAAGAACUACAAGUUUUUCUAUCCAUGGAUCGCUUUGAGAAUAUUAAUAAUGUUAAUGCCAUCUUAUUGAUUUAUUGUUAUAAUAAACAAAUACAGUACUUAUGUACCGUAUGUUGAAUGUAUAUAUCCGUCUUGUCUUAUCUUUUCAUUCCAACAAUAAUUUACAGAAAAAUAUGGCAUAUUUUAGAGAUGGUUUGAAUUGCAAUAAAUUACGAUUAAUUUUUAAGCUGUAAUUAACUCGAUUAAAAAUUUAAUCGCUUGACAGCCCUAAUAAAAACAAAAUAGGUCUAAUACUUUUCUUUUAGCACCGACUGCCACAAACACUUGCAAAAUCAUUUUUUAUCACCAACAGAGUACGCAAUCCAACAUUUUGAGAGUAAUUUUUAAUGUAACAAAAUGGCACUUAAACAGAUGAUUUUUUUUUUUUUUUGAAGUACAAUUAAAGAGUAACAGGAAAACAAAAACUGCAUACUGAUGGAAGGAUUGCCUGACCACAUGUGACAUAUUAGCUUAGGAAGUUGCUCAUUUAUUUAUCAAACUGUACACGGAAUUAAACGCAGAUAUUAGUGUUGCACAGGGGGUGAAAGUGGGCCAGAACAGUUAGGAACGCAGUUCCGGUAUAAGAUUCAGGGCCGGAAUGCUGUUCCAGUACACGGUGAUUUGAUGCCGAAAAUAUGACAGCAACUGUUAAAAUGCCAUUUAUUAAAAAAAAAAAAAAAAAUGCUAA